AUGUCCUACAACCCUUCAACCCAUAGCCCUGACCACCUGGCCGACGCCAACUCCUUCCAAAGCCCCGCGGACCACACCCAUCCGAAGCCCAUCUUGCCUGGUCAAGACCUUAGUACUCACCAGCUGGCAAGCAAAAAGAGGCGGUCCUCCAAGAGUAAAAACGUAGGAGAGCUUCGGCGGUCCACUUCAACACCACACAUGCGUAACGCCGCACUUGGAAACUCGGGCGAUCUAUCGCCGACAAGUAACAAGCCGCGCAACAAGCUAGGCUAUCAUCGAACCUCGGUCGCAUGCGGUAAGGAAGAUGCGCCAUGGCCGUCGCAUAGGAUCAUCAUCACUGACCAGGCAUUACAGGACACUGUCGACGUAGGAAGAUUCGAUGUCUUCUGGCCUCUGAAGAUCCUCAAGGCCGAUGUGCAAACUGCAUCCGCCUCAAGAAAGAAACACAACCCCGAUGCGCCAUCAUCUCAAGCCCUAGGGUCCAAGGACACAAGCCCAGUGCAGCCAUUAACACCAGCCGCAUCUUCACCUCGACAUCCGCAAUCUGGGGAGAAGGUGGUAGAUUUCCGUGCGCCGUUGCAUGCUGUUUCUUCAAACACCGGUUACGGCUUUCAGACUGACUCCGAAAUGGAUCCUCGUCAAGGUCCCAACUCUGGUCGCAUGCCUGUACAACAGCCUUCAUUUCCAUAUCCACAUCCAAUAGAUACACAAUGGCCUCCAGCAACCACUUUUCUUCCAUCAUCAACCAUAGGCGAAAGCCCACAAUCUAGUACGGGCUAUUGGCGGCAGUCGCCUUCUACAGCAACAUCGACCUAUGGUAGUGAAUCUAAUGUUUCUGGCGGACGCACUCCAGCGGCCAUGAGUACGAGCUCUACCAUGUCGUAUGGACACCCGGAAAACCACUCGUGGGGCCAACAAACACCGUUUCAACCCCCAACGCGAUCCAUGUCAUACGGAAUCAUCGAAGGGAUAUCGCAGCCUUAUUCAGGACAGGGACUUGGCAUUCAGCAGCACCAGGACUUCCCUCGAAGAACUUCGCCGUAUCCAUAUCCUUCCAGUAUAGACACAAACACUGCGACAACAGUCGGCGGCUCUACUUCUGCCCCACUUUCAGCACCUGUCGCUCAAAACCAAUUCUACCCACCUGGCUUCAACAUGUACGAUGGAAUGCAACCCCAAGGCGGCCCAAUGCAAAUGCCGGGGAGAUCGAUGAGUGUACAGUGGUACUCAGAGCCGAGCCAUCUAGACCGCGUGCAAGAAGAGGGUGUCCCGCCCGUGGCCUACAGCCAGCAUGGAAUGCAGCAUUACUAUUCUGGAUCAUGA